AUAAUCCAGAGUUUGAGUGUGUUAUGCAGAAGCGAUUGAUAAGAACAUUGUUUUUGGCGUGGAAUUCAACUGCAUUGCUGAAAUCAAUAGGAGCAGUGUUGUAUUGCAUGGACAGUAAACUCAACAACACAAUCGUUGACGGACCAGUACAUAGCUCAUUUGUUACCGUAAAACAGUGAAGUGCGUACGUAUUAGCAACGAGUAACUAAUGAUUUACAGUUGUUUAUCCUGCUUCCGAAUGGAUUUCUUCUGAUGUUCUGCUGUUUUCCAGCUUCGCAUAAACCAAGCUGUCAGUGUGCAGUUGUUGUUUGUGUCGGCUUCGCCUGCAGUGCCGAUCGCAUUCCUCCGAUCGUGGGUUCGGGUGCAGGUUUACGCUGAUUGACAGAAACAUUGCAACACUGCAAAACGACGAUCGUAACGCAACAACCGGAUACAACACAUGGGCAACGGACACUAUUUGGUAUUGUGAUAUCAACAAAGCUGCAAAGUGUAAACCAUGUCGGUGGAACAUAUCUCCCGUAUUAUGGACGACUUCCUGCACCGUGGAGUGGAACGAAACGACGAAGAACUGUUGCUGUUUGAGCGAAAUGAGGAAUUUUUCGAACCCAACAGUAAAACGUGCGCUGUGAACAUCCUCGCAUUCGCUCUCGGUCACAUUCCGUGCGAGCUUACCAGCUUACGCCAGUUUGAAGAUCCUAAUUUUCUGUCCGAUCGGAAGUUGUGCGAAUCGCUCACAACCAUUGUAAACCGUAUGCCAACGCCCGAGUUUCAAUUGAUCCCACUGGUGCUGCUGCGUAAUGAUCGUCUCGAGGUAUCGUUUUUCCUACGCGUACGAAAAGCUCAUCGAUCAACGGAAUGCAUUUAUCUCGAUCAAACCAAUCGGAAGUAUGAUGUUUUCGAGCAGUUUCUCACCAAUAACAAGUUGCCAUCGUGUACAAUGUGGUAUCCGAAGGAUGGUCUUUUGCGGUAUGAGAAGAAUUCAUCGGGUCGCCCGAUGCUGGCGAUCGCUUCUAGCAAGAUAACGAGCAACAGUAACGUGUGGCAAGGGCUAACGGUUGUUGGCAGUGCGGUUGCAACGCUACUGGCUUUUACGCCUCUGAGUGCUACAAUAACGGUUCCGCUGAUGAUUGCAACCAGUGCUGCUAGCAGUGGAUUAACGUUCGCCGAACUCCUGGACAGUUGCAAGCAUGAACAGGGAACCGUCGUAGCUAAACGCGCAGUCGCCCUGGCCUUAAAUCUGACCACGUUUGCCAGCACCGGACUAACGGUGGUAUGCCGUACGGAAAAGUUACGCCAAAUGCUACCAGCGCAAAAGUUGCUGCAGCUCGAACGGGCCGAAAAGUUUCUCGCAGGAACAAUGCGGAGUGUUGCUACCGGGAAUGUCAUCGUUGCGGUAAUUGGAACGGUUAAUGGCUGGCAAUCGCUAUCCACCACGGAAUGGGCCGAACUGGCUGCUAUACUCUGUUUCGCUUAUCGCCAAUAUUUCAACCAAGAGAACGCGCUGCUAUUGUUACAUAAGCUUCAGCAUGCAGGUGUUUACAAUUUCUUCAAAAAACUAUGUCCAAACGUAUCGCUCGACACACUUCGUUUGCGAUUGGAAGGCACAGCAUUCGAUAAUUUUCUGAACUUGGUAAUGAGGUAUCUGAAAGACAAAGAAAACUUCACUGUGGAUAACAAAUUCAUCAAAAUUAAGCUAUUUGGGUAUGAACUGGAGUUCGAUAUGAUGUUCAAAAUUGACUGGCAGAAGCUGAAAUCGCUACUGCUGUUCCUGGAAACUAGCAAAUCCGCAAUCACCAACGCGUGCAGUAAAGCAAAAUCAUGGACGCAGGAUGAAUUGAAUGAUGCAGUUAAACUGUUGCAGAUGGUAAGCAAAAUACCCAAAUAUACCUGCACAUUGAGUGACUACAUAACGCUCGGAAGUGGGCAUCGAUUCACCAUGGCGUCCCUGCACGCUUUUCUUACCGCCCAAAAACUCGAGCGAAACAGUCUGCUACGCCAGCUUGCAUCAAUGACACCGGAGCAAACGGAAAUGCUAAAUAAAUUGCGCGAAUCAGACCGCAUCAGCGGUGGCGAUCGGGAGCUGUUCAAAUGGCUUGGUAACCACAGCUCCUCCAACUACUGUAACGCGUUGUUUGCGCUGAUAUCGGUAGCACAAACGCAACAAGCAACGACGUCUGAGCAUUCUAACACGAUUCAAUUCACUCAUCAGCGGAUCAUCGUUAGUUCGCUGCUUAGUUUUGAUGCAGAAGAUUUCCUGAAGGUUCCCGAAGAGGCGCGCACCAUUCUUCUCGGAGACGAAAGGUUUCUGCGCCUUUGUUACAACGCGAACCAGCAGCUUCUUCCCAGAGCCAACAAUACCUGGAUGCGCACCUGCUGCAGUAUUGAUGCAAUCCAGCAUUUAGAAACUGUGGAACUGCUUCGCAAGCUGUUCGAGCGCGUUAAUACAACGUCCGCCAGUUCACCAACGCUAGCUAGCGCUCUAGAUUAUGCGCUCGAUUUCGAGAACACGACUGUUUCGCAGGUUUACUAUAGUAUCGUUAGCGCGUGGAAACAUUUUACCGUCCCGCUAGACAAACCAACGUUAAAGACACGGUUUCUAAGUCUGUUGACAGAUGCGAUCGGCACUGCGCAGUACUAUAAUUUCCCUAUGCCGGAAGACAAACAUUUUGCUACGAACGAUGAGGAAGUUAUCACCUUCAUUCGUGCCGCAUGGCUAAAACGCACUGCUGCCGACAUGCCGAUUCCUUUCGGACCGGUUGAACGAGCCGCCUUCUGGUUGGGGUUGCUACCAGCUCUGCGCAACGAGACCAGCCGCAAAUGUCUGUACCAAACGUUUACCUCACUGAUUGCCAAUGGCACAGGCACCGCGUUGUGUUUGGAUGAUCCGUACAAGCGAAUGGUGAAGUUCGCUACAGCUAAAGACAUGGUGAUAGUUGAAAUGAUAAUCCCAACUGCUGCAGACACUGAUUUGCGCGUGUCGUUGUAUAUGUGUGGAAACAAUAUCUGCUCUAUUUGGGCUGACCUAUGACGUGACUUCCGCGAUGUCGAAGGAUAAACGAUCGCUUUUAUUCUAAUUUAAACAAACAAUAAAGUAUCUUCGUUCUU